GUGAGUCACAAUGCCAGUGGUAUUGAGCAAGCUGAAGUAAUUGUGCAUUCUUCCGCCGAUAAUGAGGAGUUAGCUGCAGCGAGGAAUGACAGUAAGACUGUUUUGCAUAGAUCAGGCAUACCUGAUGAAGUUAUGAGCGAUAAGUAUGUGAUGGCAGUUUCCGGUUCGAGUGGAACGACCAUGGCUGCUUCGUUUUUGAUCACUGUGACACUGAUGCAACUGUAAUUGUGGGAGGGUAUUGAACUCCUAUCAAAAUAACUCGAGACUUGACAACAGUGACAUUCUUUUAAUCGAAGCUGAUGAAACUGUGCUAGAAAUUGCUGUUAUGCAAGUAUUGAUAAUGACAGACAUUGUGGAACAUUUGAUAAUAUCAAAAUGCAUCUUUGCAAUUUUGCUUGAUUCUGUAGGAAUUAAUAAUAGCAAAAGUAUUUCCAUAAAGUUUGGUUUGAAGGUGUGUUUAUCCCUCUGUCUCCUUUUGUCGUCCCAGUG